AUGCUAUUGAAACAAGAGGCUGACUUUUCCAUGGUGAAAACAGAGGAAAUUCAGAGGGAAGAUGUUGUCAGUGCUAUAAAAGAGAUUGAAGAGGCCACUCUGGAGACAAUUGGAAAUGUCUAUAAUGAGCACAUCUUUAUGUUUGAAGCCACCGGAUACACCAAAAUUCUAACUUUGGACAAUAAAGAUGAGGCAAUUAAGGCUUUGAAGGCUUUCUACCUGCUCUAUCGACCAAUGGCUUCAAUAAAUCAGUUUAUGGAAGGGCUCAAACUACAUGGAAUACUGCAGAAGCUUCAGGAACACCCAAAGGAUGCUUGUCUUUUCUUUAACGGAAGUUCCUAUCCCACUGCAGAUGAAAUACAAGAUUUCUUCAAACCGGUUUAUUCAUCAGGUACAGAGGAAAAGGAAAAGGAAGAGAUGAUUGUGUAUAACUGGGGCAAAUAUCUGAAAAAUAUUAAGGGGAGAAUUUCUACACCAUGGCUGUCCAUGGAUACAGGUGUAGAAGACAUUGUGGAACUAAACAUGGGCCACCUUUGUCAGGCACUGUUGGGUUGCCCAAAACUUCUGACAAGCAUGAACUCUGGAAGUAUUCAAUUUGAUCACAAAUCUUCCAAUUUGCCGACGGUCAAUACAUGUGCACCAUCAAUUACAUUUUCAAAGACGGAAGAACUACAAAAUUAUUGCACAUUCCAAGAGGUUCUUCAAAAUGUUAUUGUCGGUGCAUAUGGUUUUGGGAUUGCAUGA